AUGUUUGAAUGGUAUGGGGAGAAGUAUUGGGGAGCCGCACAUGGAUUGGCAGGGAUUAUGGAUGUUUUGGUGGACAUGGAAUUGAAGCCAGAUGAGGUUGAAGAUGUAAAGGGAACUCUCAAAUACAGGAUUGAUAAUCGCUUUCCUAGUGGUAACUACUCUGCUAGUGAAAAAGGUAGAAACAGAGAUGUUCUUGUUGAGUGGUGUCAUGGGGCCCCUGGAAUUGCCCUCACUCUUGCAAAAGCUACAAAGCCGUUGAUAUUUUUGGAGAGAUGA